AUGUCGUGGCAACCAAAGCUACGCCCCAAGGGCUUCCCACACAGCAUUGACGAUUUUGCCGUGGCUUCAUUAUCCGAGCUGGACCACCGUUCACGAACUGGCGAUGAGAAACGAGAUCAACGCGUGUUUCGAGUCAAGCGGAAGCAUGUCCUGAAAGCCUGCGAUCGUUGUCGGGUGAAGAAGACAAAGUGUGAUGGGAAACAGCCUUGCAAUCGUUGCUCAGUAUACAAUCACCCAUGUCUGUUCCGGGAGCGAAAGGCCACACAGACAAAAGUAUAUUCUCGAGGAUUUGUCGAAAUGCUCGAGUCUCAUCACUCACUGGUCGUAAAAGCCCUCCAGAAACUAUACAAAUUUUGCAUCACAAACGAGGGAUUUCCCGGAGAUCCCCUCGAAGAAGCCCCAGACGGCCACCCUCUAACCCACGCCAUCCUCGAUCGCCUAGGCCUAAUCAAACAAGCCGAAGAAAAUGCCGACGAGCCAGACGAAGACUCAGAGGACCUCCGCUACCUCCGCCUGCUCUCCACCUCAACAGAAUGCAGCGCCACAGCCGAGCCCUCUCCAGAGCCAACCACACCCCCGGAGCCCUCGCCAACAAGACUCUCGCGCCCAUCCCUCUGCACAAGUCACAACCCCACCCAAACAAACCCCGCAAUGGCCCGCGCCGCCGCCCCAAGCAACUGGGGCUGGGAUAUGCAGUCCAUGCAAAGCGGACAGGGCUACAAUGUCAACGGCUACUCGGAUUCCGCAUAUCAGAAUCUCAUGGCACUACAGCAGAGCAGGUCAUCUGGUAUGACGGCGUUAGAUCUGGGCUCGAGCGAGCUCUCGCCACAUCAUGUCGAUAUCGCUUCCGCUGCGUCGUCGCUUCCAAAUGUUCAUCGGCAUGAGCAGGGUUUCACGUAUUACCUGGAUGCUUGCGCGGAUGCGCAGCAGGAUGUUAAACCGACGGCUAGAAUGCAUACGGGUAUUAUGCGGCCUCUUCCGCAUCAGAUGGGGGGCUUGCCGGGGGAUAUGUUGGGGGAUUUCCCGUUUCAGACGCAGGAUUCUCCUUAUUUCCCUGGUUUUACGCCUGGAUGGGCUUUUCCACCGACAUAG